GUCAUGUGUGAGCACCAGUUACUCCUGUCAGUCUGUCUGUCCAUCAGCCAACCAUGCUUCAACCACUGCACUGUCUGCUUCUAGCCUCUACUGUGCUGCUCUGCAACACCAGCCCCGUCCCUACGGAGAAACAUGGAGACUCAGACACCAAGUGUCCUCUGAUGGUGAAAAUCCUUGAUGCCGUGAAAGGGACUCCAGCCGGAUCAGUGGCCCUCAAGGUGUCUCAGAAGACAGCUGAUGGGGGAUGGACACAGAUCGCUAAUGGAGUGACAGAUGCCACCGGAGAGAUCCACAACCUCAUCACAGAGCAGCAGUUCCCAGCAGGAGUGUAUCGUGUUGAGUUUGAUACCAAAACUUACUGGAAGAAUGAGGGGAGCACACCAUUCCAUGAAGUAGCUGAGGUGGUGUUCGAAGCCCAUGCUGGAGGUCAUCGUCACUACACCUUGGCUUUGCUGCUCAGUCCAUUCUCCUUCACCACCACAGCCGUUACCAUCGAUGCACAUCAUUGAUACACCAUGUGAUAUUUAAGGGCUGUCCACCCCAAGAACUAUUACGAUAACUAUAAUGAUAACUAUAACAAUAACAAUGUGAGUAUGUGACACCCUGUCAGUUCAGAUGGAUUUUGAUUGGCUGUCAGUGUUUCUGUUGUUAAUCCAUUGUUGUUGUCAUUAUAGUUGUCAUGUGGACUCUGCUUGAGUAAGAACAAUUAUAAAAACAAUAUAUUUAUGGUCAUUGUUCUUGGUGUGGGCAGCUCUUUAUAGGCUGGUGAAGGUAUCAGGACAGUGAGCUGCAUAAUGCUGGAGAUCAUUAGUUUUUUCUUCUUAUCAACAAAUCUCAUGUGUUGAUCCAAACCAACAGUGAAUGUAAUGUAUCUAUUAACACAUAUUGUGUGUGUAUCCAAAGUUUGAUUUCUUUUUCCUUUGUGCUACAGAGCUCCAUUAAAAUUACAUUUUUCAUUACCAUGAACACA